CAGUCCGAGGAGGCAAGAACCAACUGGCGAUCAAUAUGGAUCAUGGCGUUUAUAUUGUUUUUAGUGAAGAUGCAGUUCUCGGUUUAUUAUGCAACCGUAUGGCCAUUUCUUCAGGAGGUAUGUUAUCUUCAGGAGAUAUUUCGAGUUUUAGGUGCUGCGUUGUCGGCGCCAUUGUUUGGCUAUUGGUCGAACAAAAUGAAACAAAUUAAAUUACCAGCAGUCACUGGUAUUGUCGUAAUGUUCAUGUCGAAUCUUUGUUUCAUGUUCAUCGAAUUCAUACCAACGAAUAGGAAAUACUUCUUGUUGCUCGCUAGACUCGGUCAUGGCACUGGAAUAGGUUCGUUUAUUCGUUCUCAUUUGUUCCACACUAUUGCGAGCGCUAAUAAGGACAAAUCCACCGCAGCGGCUAUUUCGGACGGUGCAUAUUGCUUGGGUCUUGCGUUUGGACCAGGUUUCCUCUUCGAUUUUUUGUUUGUUCCACUAAAUGAAUCCAUACAUCAGCACAACAGAAUACGAAUGCUCCAGUGA